CUAGACCCCCCCCUCCCGGGGAGCCCGGUCGGAGCCCCCUCCCCCGCGGCAGGGCUCGGGGCCGACCCACCGCUCCGUGUCACCUCCUCCCCCAGGGGGCCAGCGGCAGAGACCCCCCCCCCGGGGUGUGAGGGCUGCGGGGGCCCAACAUGGCGGAGGCAAAGGAGGAGGGACCCGGAGCUCGUGCCAGGUGAAAGCAACAUCAUGUCUCUACUGGUGAAAAAGGGAGACAGGCAGAGAACAGCAACAGAAGUGCAUUUUUUAAUGUCAGAUGUCUAAAGGGAACAGAAAAAGGAUGUGAAAGGAUCCAUAUGGGGAAUUACCUGGAGAAGAAAUUGAGCUGUGCCACAGGGAAGAUUAAAUGGAUUAUAUCAGGAAUGCAGUAGGAAGUCUGGCAAGUUGGCCUCUUGUGUAGAACUGGUUCCACCAGCAGGUAGUGUCUGCACUGCCAGCAGCAUAGUUCACGCUGAAGCAAAGACCACAUGACAGUUUGAAGACAAAUCUAAUGCAGUUUUUGACAUUACAGAGAAAUGUGGUGAUAUUCUGGAUGCAGAAAUGUCUGAGGAUGCGGAUCACAAUUUAAUACCUACCCUUGAAAGCAUAUCCUAUGAAAUGCAGAAUCGAACAGGAUCUGAAAACUCACUGCUGGAUGAAGAUGAUUAUUUUCUGAACUCGGGGGAUCUUGCAGGGAUUCCAGUUGUUGGGAGUGACAAUGAGGACGAUCAAAAUUUUACUUCAAAAGACAGUAUCCCGUCUACGAUACACACUGAAGAUAACCUGGAGGACGGAAAGAGAGUUACAGAACAUGAAUUGGACAGUGAAAAAGAAUUGCAAAUACAAAAUGCAAUCCAAAAGGACAUCACUUCAUCAUGUGAUCAGGGCCCUAUAUUUAAACCCAUUCGGAAGGAUUUUAGCAUAGCAAGAGAUAAUGGUAAAGAGACUUUUUCAACAAAAGAGAAAAGCAGAGAAGGACCUUUCCAAGAACGUGAAAAACGUUUGGAAAAAAUUCCUAAAGAGUUGGAUUCCAGAUUGAAAAGCAGUUUCCUUGAUAAAGCAGUUACUAAUCAAGUAGAAGAAACGUUACGGACACAGUUAGCACCACAGAUUCCAGAAACUAACUUCAGGGAUCCUAGCUACCUGUUUGCUAGCAAGGAAUCCAUUGGUCAGGAGCUGGGGAAUUCCUUUGCAUCAAAUAUUAGAAUUAAGGAAGAGCCUUUGGAUGAUGAAUAUGAUAAAGCUAUGGCACCACAGCAGGGACUGUUAGACAAAAUUAAAGAUGAACCUGAUAACUCUGAGGAGUAUGGCCAGCAGCCAAAAACUCAGGAAGGGGAGCUGAAGAUCAGUGCUGUAUUUUCAGUCAGUGGCAGUCCUCUUGCUCCACAGUUGACGUCAGGUUUCCAGCCGGCUGUGGCAUCCUCUGGCAUGAGUAAAAUGCUGCCUUCAGUUCCAACCACAGCCAUUCGGGUUUCCUGUUCUGGCUGUAAAAAAAUCCUCCAGAAAGGACAAACGGCGUACCAGAGGAAAGGCUCUACUCAGCUCUUCUGCUCCACACUGUGCCUCACUGGAUACACUGUUCCAGCUUCUCGUCCACCAGUUUCUACAAAGAAGACGUGCUCAAGCUGCUCAAAAGAGAUCCUAAAUCCAAAGGAUGUGAUCACUGCACAGUUUGACAAUACAAACUCCAGCAAGGAUUUCUGCAGCCAGUCAUGUCUUUCUACAUAUGAAUUGAAAAGGAAACCUGUUGUUACUAUUCAUACUAACAGCAUUUCAACCAAGUGCAGCAUGUGCCAGAAGAAUGCAGUGAUUAGACAUGAAGUGAAUUAUCAGAAUGUUGUACACAAACUCUGCAGUGAUGCCUGCUUCUCCAAGUUCCGUUCCGCUAAUAACUUGACUAUGAACUGCUGUGAGAACUGUGGGGGCUACUGUUACAGUGGCUCUGGCCAAUGCCACGUUCUUCAAAUAGAAGGACAGUCAAAGAAGUUCUGCAGUUCAACAUGUGUUACUGGGUACAAACAGAAAUCAGCAAAAAUUACACCCUGUGCACUGUGCAAGUCUUUGAGAUCUUCAGCUGAGAUGAUAGAGAGCACAAAUAAUUUAGGAAAGACCGAACUCUUUUGCUCUGUUAACUGCUUGUCAGCCUACAGAGUUAAAAUGGUUACAUCCGCAGGUGUCCAAGUUCAGUGUAACAGCUGUAAAACUUCAGCAAUCCCUCAGUAUCACCUGGCUAUGUCAGAUGGGAGUAUACGCAAUUUCUGCAGUUACAGCUGCGUUGUAGCUUUUCAGAACUUGUUCAACAAGCCUGCAGGAAUGAACUCCUCUGUGGUGCCCUUGUCGCAGGGUCAAGUCAUUGUAAGCAUUCCCUCUGGGGCAACGGUCUCAGCAUCAGGUGGCACUACCUCAACUGUCUCCCCUAGCUCCAUGAGCAGCUCAGCUGCAGCUGGUCUCCAGAGGCUCGCUGCUCAGUCUCAGCAAGUCACUUUCGCCCGCACUGUUGUGAAACUCAAGUGUCAGCACUGUAACCGACUGUUUGCAACCAAACCUGAGCUGCUUGACUACAAGGGUAAAAUGUUUCAGUUUUGUGGGAAGACCUGCUGUGAUGAAUACAAGAAGAGAAGUAGUGUAAUGGCAAUGUGUGCAUACUGCAAAAUUGAGAAGAUUAUCAAGGAGACUGUGCGAUUCUCAGGAAUAGACAAGCCAUUCUGUAGUGAAGGUUGUAAGCUGCUCUAUAAACACGACUUGGCUAAACGCUGGGGAAACCACUGUAAGAUGUGCAGUUACUGUUUACAGGCUUCCCCCAAACUGGUCCAGAAUCACUUUGGAGGAAAGAUGGAGGAGUUCUGCUCAGAAGAAUGCAUGUCUAAAUUUACGGUUUUGUUUUAUCAGAUGGCAAAGUGUGAUGGUUGUAAAAGACAAGGUAAACUCAGUGAGUCUAUGAAAUGGCAAGGGGAGAUCAAACAUUUUUGCAACCUGCUUUGUAUUUUGAUGUUCUGUAAUCAGCAAACUGUGUCUGAACCCCCACCUCAGAACAACACAGCAAACCUUUCCAUGACUCCAACCUCUUCAUCAGGCCCUCCUUCUCUAAGGAAGGAUUCAACUCCAGUUAUAGCAAACGUGGUAUCCCUAGCAAGUGCCCCUGCUGCCCAGCCCACGGUUAACUCCAACAACGUCUUACAAGGUGCAGUUCCUACUGUGACAGCAAAGAUCAUUGGAGAUGCUAGUACUCAGACAGAUGCCCUGAAACUACCACCAUCACAACCUCCAAGGCUUUUAAAAAACAAAGCGUUAUUGUGCAAGCCAAUCACCCAGACCAAGGCCACAUCUUGCAAACCUCAUACCCAGAAUAAGGAAUGCCAGACAGAGGAAGAUGAAGUUCGACCCCAAAUCCUUGUGGUGCCUGUUCCUGUACCAGUGUUUGUGCCAGUGCCCCUUCACCUCUUCACCCAGUAUACGCCAGUUCCACUUGGGGUCCCAGUACCUGUACCAGUUCCCAUGCUUAUCCCAACUACUCUGGACAAUGCCGAUAAGAUCAUAGAGACUAUUCAGGACAUCAAGGAGAAGAUUCCCACAAAUCCAUUUGAGGCUGAUCUCCUUCAAAUGGCAGAAAUGAUUGCAGAAGAUGAAGAGAAGGAAAAAACGCACUCUCAUGGAGGAUCCCAAACAUCUGAGCAUGAGCUGUUCCUGGACCCCAAGAUAUUUGAGAAAGAUCAAGGCAGCACUUACAGUGGAGAUCUAGAAUCAGAAGCAGUGUCAACUCCACACAGCUGGGAGGAUGAGCUAAAUCACUAUGCCUUACGAUCAAAUGCCAUGCAGGAUCCAGACCCCGAGCUGAGGCAGUUCUCCAAAGGGGACGUGGAGCAGGACCUUGAGGCAGACUUUCCCUCAGACUCAUUUGACCCGCUCAAUAAAGGACUGGGUCUCCACUCACGUUCGCGAGCAAGGCGGAGACAUAGAGAUGGCUUCCCACAGCCGAAAAGACGGGGGAGGAAGAAGUCCAUAGUUUCUGUGGAGCCUCGGAAUCUUAUGCAGGGUUCCUAUCCAGGCUGCUCUGUUUCCGGGACGACUCUGAAGUACAUGUAUGGGGUAAAUGCCUGGAGGAAUUGGGUCCAAUGGAAGAAUGCACAGGAAGACCAAGGGGAACUAAAAUUUGGAGCUCGGCCUGUGAAACUCAAGGAGGAUAUUCUCUCAUGCACUUUUGCUGAGCUGAGUUUUGGCUUGUGCCAGUUUAUCCAAGAGGUGCGGAGACCAAACGGUGAAAAAUAUGAUCCUGACAGCAUCUUAUACUUGUGCCUUGGAAUUCAGCAGUACCUGUUUGAGAAUGGUAGAAUAGAUAACAUAUUUACCGAGCCCUAUUCCAGGUUUAUGAUUGAACUUACAAAACUAUUGAAAAUCUGGGAACCUACAAUACUUCCAAAUGGUUACAUGUUCUCGAGAAUUGAAGAGGAACAUUUAUGGGAAUGUAAACAACUGGGUGCAUAUUCCCCUAUAGUCUUGUUGAACACACUUCUGUUCUUCAAUACCAAAUACUUCCAACUAAAGAAUGUCAGUGAGCAUCUGAAGCUGUCCUUUGCCCACGUUAUGAGACGCACCCGGACUCUGAAAUACAACACCAAGAUGACAUACCUGCGUUUUUUCCCACCUUUUCAAAAACAAGAGGUAGAAUCAGAUAAGUUAUCUGUAGGAAAAAGGAAACGGAGUGAGGACGAGGAGGUUCCAACAGCAGUGGAAAUGGCUGAAAACACAGAUAACCCUCUGAGAUGUCCAGUCCGACUCUAUGAGUUUUACUUGUCAAAAUGUUCUGAAAGCGUGAAGCAGAGAAGUGAUGUGUUUUACCUUCAACCUGAGCGUUCUUGUGUACCUAAUAGCCCUAUGUGGUACUCCACGUUGCCAAUAGACCCCGGGACCUUGGACAUCAUGUUAACACGUAUUCUUAUGGUGAGGGAGGUACAUGAAGAACUUGCCAAAGUCAGAUCAGAGGACUCUGAUAUUGAAUUGUCAGACUAACUGAAGUGGGAUAUUUUUUCCUUUCAAUACACAUUGCAAGUACCAAACUGUGAACACAUCCAGCCUUCAGAAAAUGUUGUGUAUCAAAUAAGCCAAGUUAACGUCACUACACAGGCAUAUUUUGAACCACAAUGGAUGUGCAAACUGGAAUCAGAAGGAAGCAAACUACUUUUAAGCUGCAAGAAACGCCAGUGUCCAGUGCAGUGAUAAAUCCUCUAAACAAACUCAAGAUGAAUUAACCUGUUCAAGUGGUGCAUAAAUCCUUCAUUUGUUUGGGAUUAAAACAAAAUUGUGAAAUAUUUUUAAGCAAAACUGUUGUAUAAAUUCUACCAUAGUAACCAUGGGCAUAGAGAACUAGACUGUGGCUCACAUGACUUUGCAGCCCGAUGGCUGGCAGCCAUUGCUGCCAAAAAGCCUGUGGAGAUCCUAGAGAUCUCCAUGUGGACGGAGACACAGUGCAGUGAGGUCUAGACAAAUAGACACCUUCCGUUAUGUAUACACACACUUUUUUAGUUUUAUUUUUUACUGGGAUCAAAGAUUAAGAAAGAUAUUAAGCGAGAAGUCAGUUAUAUCUGCCAGAUUACUACCCUAGUGGAUGACUACCUGGACUGCGUUCAAACAGUCACAUGACCCCAGAGUCUAGCUCUUAGUCCAUGCUAAUAAUGAGGACUCUGUUGGAUCUCUGAUGUGGGGGAGAUGCUGUAAGUCAAACAUCAGAGCAAUCACAUUAUGGGACAGAAAACUCUGGAAUACAUAUAGGAGAGCAAGGGUCUAGGGCUGUGUGCAGAAAACCCCCUGAAUAGCUUCUGCAGUCUGUUGAUGUAAUCUAGCAAAUGCUGUGAUGCGCAAAAAUAGUCGUUUUGGAGGGAGUUGUUUUGGUUUGGGCAUAAGGCAGCUUUCCUUCCCUUUUCCCCCCGUUCCCACGUAAUUCUUGGUUUUUAUACAGUGCAAGUCUGGAGGGCCUUGUCAUUUCAAAGUGAAGAUACUCUUUCCACCCUUUCAACGUGUGCAGUAUUACUUCUGACAACAGAACUGUGGUAGAAAAGUACCUUGUGUGGUUUUUUACCCCACCCCAUCCAAAGAAAUUUAGUGAUAGUGUUGGAAAUUGAAAUUUUUUUUCAAUGGCUUGGCUGUUACUGUAUCUUUUAAAAGGGGAAUCUCCCAUACUGUAUCCAGAGGACAGGACACUGUUUAGAUAACAUCUGUCUCUUCAUUUUCUCAAGCUUACGAUGCUCGUUUCUAAGGACGACAGGUCAUAAAUACAUUGGAAAUACGAGACUAUUUUUAAAGAGAAUUGUCCUUUUUUUUUUAAUCAGUAGUUGCAGCCAGUUGCCCAACUUCUGUAGCAGGGGUUUUGAUAUCUGACCCUCUCACUGCAGUUUCAGGAGUUGAAAACCAACAGCCUUGAAUUAAAUUUGUUUUUUAAAUUUUCUUUAUUUUUAGCAGUAACAAAGGUAAUUUAAACAAUAAAAUUGGAAAGUAGUCUAUUGACGUUGUGUACUCAGUAGUCCUGUCCCUGCCUGUAACAGAUUUCACGGAUGUAUUUUUUAAUACAGAAAACUGUGUGGAAAAGUAAACCUGCCCCUGAUUCUGUAUGAUCUAAGUCCAUCUGUGUCUGUUUAUUUCACAUCUUGUCCUAAAGCUGUGCUGGGAAAAUUCCCUGGCCAUUAUUACCCUACCAGCAAACUACCCAGAGACUUGGAGGCUUAAUGAUCUCAAUUACAUUAAUUUUAGUGUAUAAAUACUAACCUUCUCCCUAUAGUGAUAUUAAAAGUAGUUAGAUAGCAAACACACAGUUUGUGUUUGGACAGCUGAUGUGUUUCAGGAAGAAAAAAUAUGCCUAUGCCUUUAACUGACAACAGCAGAUACCGUAUAGUUGGGGGAAAAAAACCCCACAACCAUAUUGCCCCUAAAAAACACAACAAGUAGUGUCUCAGUUGCAUGCAGGUCUACCCAGAACCUCACAACACAGGAAAUAUCCAUGAAUUAUUGUAAUUCUUGGACAUUCCUCAGGAGUGCAGCUAUCAUGUCUUUGUCAGGUUUUUGUUUUUUCCCCUUUCUAUUAGCGAGUUGUGUGAAAUUUUAUCAGUUAAUAAGGGAAACAGUCAAGACAUCCUGUUAGGUUUGUUUUUAAACAAAAAUUUCUGGUUUUCCCUGGAUAGAAGUUACAGAAAUAUUCCCGUAGAAUAAAAUAGUAUAUUUGUAUAUG